GAAAGAAGAAAAGAAAAAAAGAGUGAGGAAUUCAGAGAUAAGCAUGGCGAUCGUGAAGUUGGCUUUUGGUUUGGUGUUGUUUAUGGUAGUGGCUGGGGCUCUUACCAGCGAGGCUCUGACGUGCGGCCAAGUAGCGUCUGCGCUUGGGCCAUGUCUCACUUACUUGCAAGGCCAAGCUGGUAAUUCUCCGCCGGCAGCAUGCUGCGCCGGUGUCAGGAACCUUAACAGCGCAGCCCAAACGACGCCGGAUCGAAGAGCCGCUUGCCAGUGUCUGCAGAAUGCGGCCAGGUCUACCAACUUUGAUCAGAACAUUGCUGCUAGUCUUCCCGGUCAAUGCGGCGUCAGCAUUCCCUACAAGAUCAGCACCAGCACCAACUGCAACACAAUCAAGUGAAGAAAUCGAGUUGACAUGAGAAGAGAUUAGCAGAGCAUGCAUGCAUCGUCAUAAAAUAAUAAUAAUAAUAAUAAUAAUAAUAAUAAUAAUGAAAAAAAAA